AUGGCCGUCCUUGUCUGUGGCCUGCGUAGUGCAUCUUUCUAUCUUUCAGCUCGACUGCGGAUAAUUUCGGUAGACUUUUUAAAAGAAAGUUUUCCUAGCCGGAAGUUUAUGAAGUUUAAAGUUGGUUUACUUGAAUACUUGAAAACAAAAAUGAAUUCUCAACACCAAGAAGAUGAUUGAUAAAACAACAACACAAUUAUUUAUUUAAAAUUUCUGGGUGAAAGAAACGGAAUUUUAUCCAAAAAAUAACAAUGGCUGUAACUUUUCACUGUACUCGAAUUCAUAAUUCGACCACCACUGGACAUUCGCAAUUGGUGAGAUCCCUCGAAAGGAUUUUGGAAGAAGCCAACUUUAGCGGAGAAUUGAUCUUGACAAAUCGCAAAUUAAAAGAUUUUCCAAAAGCUGCAACCAAGUACAAUUUGUCGGAUACUGUUAUUGCAGACUUGUCUCGCAAUAGAUUUUGUGAACUACCUGAAGAAGUAACAACAUUUGCGUUCCUGGAAACACUCCUUUUAUAUCACAAUACGAUUCGGCAUAUUCCUGAAUCAGUAAAACAUCUUACCUUACUUACUUAUUUGGACUUACGUAGUAAUCAACUUUCAACACUUCCAAAAGAAUUAUGUUUUAUGCCGUUGCAAGUAUUGUUGGUAUCCAACAACAGAUUGGUAUCUCUUCCCGAUGAGUUAGGACGUAUGGACAAACUUUUGGAUUUAGAUGUUUCCUAUAAUCAGUUAACAGCUCUUCCAGCAAGAGUUGGUGAAUUGCGAAGUUUGAAAUCGUUUUCAUUACGCAACAAUCAAAUUUUAUAUCUUCCUAGAGAAUUAGCAUGUCUUACAUUGGUUUCUCUAGAUGUAAGUAAUAAUCGAAUAGCAAGUCUUCCGUUAGAAAUACGCCAAAUGACUUCUCUUGUGGAAUUUAAUUUGGGAAAUAAUCCCUUAACAUCGCCACCAGCUAGUCUUUGCGUUAGAGGACUUGUGCACAUUUUUAAAUUUCUCGAAACUCAAGCGACAAAAGAUGAAAAAGGAUGCCGAGCAGGUGGAAAUUAUGAUGGAUAUACUACUCUAAGGAGAGCACCUAAGCAAAAUGCUGGUAGUAUAUUUGAAUCUACUAGAAACCCAAGAUAUCAAGUAGAUUCAGGUUAUAGUACCUGCGACGGAAUGGAAAAACGCUGGUCAAAUGAUUUGCCAAACAAAAACUCAAAAAUUGGAUUGUUAUCUCCAAGAAAAAUCUUACCAUCUUCUGUUGUAGAUAGCUUUGCUUUAGACGCAGAUACAAGUACCAACGACAUUAUUUCCAAACCAUCUCAACAAGUAAUAGAAGAACAAAGAAAAGAUCAACAAUCUUUAGAGCGUACUUUUUCGCAAGAAAAUCAACUCAAUGAGGACAUUAUAAUUUAUUCUCAAACAAGUUCCACGAGCAGUGGAUCCACACCCGAGGAUGAUAUGCUAGGCGAAAAUCAUAUGUAUGUAGACAAAAAUAACGAACAUCUUGGAAAUAUUCAAACAUAUCGUGAGUACAAAGAAGCACUUAAACAACAAAGAAAUCAGGAUAUUUCGAGUGUUUAUAAAGCCAAAUCUAAAACACAAUAUGAUUUGAUCGAAGAUAAUGGGUCUUGUUCCUAUGACGAACAAGAUUCUCGAUGUAUGGAUGAAAAAAUUAACAAUAUUAACAAUUAUUCUGACCAAAACACAGCAGAAGAACAACCAGUGUGUGUACCAAAGAAACCUAUCCAAAAAGUUAUUCCAUCAAGAAAUAUAGAACUUAUGUCUGCAGUAUUUCAAACAAAGUUAAAAGACAAAGCAUCUAUCUUGCAUGGAAAUAGUGAAUGUUUAGAAUAUGUCAAGCCCAGUAGUCCAAUUAAAGCAGUAGGGAAUAUUGACAUGGUAAUAAAUAAUAAUUCAACUCCUGCAAAUGGAGUUGUGCGAAAUAAAUUUCUUCCCGGAAUGAUUGCCAAGCACCAACUACUUUUAUCACAAAAUAAACCAAACAGAUCUGUGACAUGGACCAACGACACAAGUGCCGAAAAAUCAAGUUUUACUAUGCGAAGAGAGUUUGAUAGACAAAGGGAAGAAACGGAACUGAUGACUCAACUACGAAACAUAAUCCAAGUUCGUCUUAAAACAAUAUUACCUGAAGAUAUGGCUUCUGCUCUGACUGAUGGUAUCAUUCUUUGUCACUUAGCGAAUUAUGUACGACCGAGGUCUGUAGCUAGCAUCCAUGUGCCGUCGCCGGGGGUCUCCAAACUUACAAUGGCGCGUUGUCGCAGAAACGUGGAUAAUUUCCUUGAAGCAUGUCGUAAAAUUGGAGUUGAUGAGGAGUUGAUAUGCUCUUGUGAAGAUGUUAUCUCCCCCCAAGAUGAAGAAUGCUCACUGAAUGAUGAUUAUAAACCGCCGCUGCUGCCUAAUCCAUCCGCUGUUUUCAAAACAAUAUCUGCUCUUCUUUCAAUUCCGGCAAAUUAUCAUCAAGAAUCACAGAAAGUUCUUCAAGACCAAGAACAACAUUAUCAAUCAAUGGAAGAUCAUCAACCGCCUGCAACCAACAUGCAAUUGACAGAAAAUUGGGAAAAUAAAUUAAAUACCAAACGCGAGAUGACCACAUCGAAUAACCAAUUCGAAGACGAAGUAGUUGACACUAAAGGAAGUCAGUUGAAAAAAUUUCUUCGUCAUGCUAAAAUCAAAACAUUUCAAAAAAUCAAAUUAAAUUUAAUAAAUAAUAACAGUAACUUAAAAAUAAACAGCAGCGGCGGUAAAGAAAGUCAAUUGCAAACUAUCGAGGAAACCGAUGCCGAUAGCUACCAAAUAGUCAAUGAGAAGAUAUCACCACUUGUCCUUAAAGUUAAUGAUCUGAAUACUAUCAAAUUUAAAUUAUUUGAAAUUACUCCUAAUAACAACAAUGAAAAAAACGAGGAUACUCAAACCGUUGUUUCACAGUGCCUUUCCAAGAGUAAUGUUACUGUGAUCAGUGAUCCCAGACAUACACCGAAGAUGGUAUACAAACGAAUAGAGUUCUUUGAAGACAAAUCUGUAUCACAUACCAGUCGCAGUGAUGAUGUCAAUACCACAUCCAAAAACAUUUGUAGCAUUUACCAAACGAGCAAUGAAGAUAGCACAUUGAAAUACAACACGGAUGAGUGUGCAUUAAAUCAUGACUUCAAUCUCCUUACAGUUGUUUUAGCAUUCGUUUUUAUUGCGACUUUUAUUCUUCUAGUGAUAUUUCCACUUCCAGAUUAAUAUUUAUGUAACGUUUUAUUAAGAAGUAGUUAGGGGAUAAUGUAACACGUUCUUAAUACAUACAUAUAUUAAAUAAAAAAUGAAACAUGAUAUUAACAAAAGUAUUAAUAUAUAAUUUUAUAUCCUAUAAAUUAUUUGCAUUUAUCUGAAAGUAUAAGCUUUGAUUUAAAAAAAAGUGAAUCGUUGUUUAAAGAAAAAUAAAAUUCGUUUGGAAAAAAGUUAAAGAGGCAAAAAUAACAAACGCUUUUUUGGAGAACCAAGUCAUAAUUUAUUUUUUUUUUUACUUUUGCAAUUUUUAAACACAUAACUUAACCAUCAAUGUUCUCCUAUUGCUAUGAUUAAAUGAGUUAAUUAAUUUAAAAAUAUAUAAAUAUGUUGCUUACCAAUAAAAGAAGAGUCAAAGUAUUCAAAAAGAAAUAGAGGAGUCAAAUUAUUUUCAUAUUAAUACGUCAAAAAACCUAACCACAAAAUAAAUUAUUUUUUUCCAAAGCUAGUCUGAACUACAUCUGACACGGCGCACAGUGUGGGAUUUCGAAAAAUGACUUGUCUUGUUUAAUGCCAAAACCGGUUUUUCUUAAAGCUAAUAGAUUGUAGAAAGUGAUAACAAAAGCAUUGUUAGGUGGGGAUCAUGCAUAAAAAAAAAAACUUUGCUCUUAAUUUUUUCUCGUGCGUUUGGUGUGUGUUUUAAUAAAAGUUUUAUUUUUUUAUAUUUCCUUAAUAUCAAGGUAUUAUUGUGUAAGUAAUUUUUUAUUUCACAGGGUGUUUCACAUUUUUGUUUUGGUGAUUGAAGUUAAAAAAAUGUAUUUUUUUUUCAAUUUUUGUACCUUUGUUAGAGCAAAUUUAUUCAAUGCAAAUCCUAAUUUAUUAUCUCUCAAGAAUCAAUAAAAUUUGGCACCCCAAUUGUGUUAUAAUAUAUUUUUUUUCUAUUUUUCUAAAAAAGAUGACCUACAGUCAAAAUUGAAUAAUUUCUUAGGAUUUAGUAAGCUAUGUUAUAGAUUUAAAAACUUUUUUUUUAAGCAGUAGGCUAGUGAAUUCAUUUAAAAAUAGUUAUAACAGAAAUACAGGGUGUUCAAAUCCAAAAUUUAGAGUAAGAGAAAAAAAGAACUAAGUAAUUUGAAAAAUUAAAAAAGAAAACUACCAAGGAAUAAAAAUAUAUUAUAUCGGAUAAAGGGUGUUUCAGUAAUAAUAAAAAAAUUUAAAUAAUUUAAAAUUUUUUGAUUUUCAUAGCGUUUAUCGAUAUUUAAACAGGGUUUUCAUAUUUGCAUACCUAAGUUAAUAAUCAAGUGCUUGGUCAUUUAUAACUCGUGGCUUAGACAAUGUGCUGCUUUCUGAAGAUAGAAUAAAUUUAUUUAUGGCAACAAUGAGAACGCUUUGUUAAGGAUUCAGUAAAAUAUGGGUUAAAAUUGGUCGAAACUGUGGAAGCUUGAAAUUUACAUACUUUUCCCGACUCUUUGAGAAUUUAAGACUACUGUAAAUAGUCUAAGAUGAAAAAACUUUCUCAUAUUAUGAUAGCAGACCAUCAUAAGAUAAAACAAAAAAGAAUUUGAUGAGUCCUGCAAAAAAAGCACAAAACCCAAUGUUUCCAGUUAACCUUUAUGUAGUUUCCGAACUCCAUUUACCAAAAAAUUGGCUUAUUAUGCAUAUAAAAUUAUUUCUAUUUCAUUUUCGUAUGUAAUAGUUAUAAAUAUAACCAACAAAAAUGAAUAAAAAGUUUUUUUUUCUGCGCGAAAUUAAUUUUUUAAGAGGGUCUAUCAAGGCGCAAAAACUACUCAUUAUUGUACUUAUAUUUUAAUAAUAUUAUAAAAAAGAAAUGGUAAAAUUGUUUUUUGUGUCACCUACAGUACUUUUAAAAAUGGGCAAAAAACUUAAACUUUCAGAGCUCUGUACAUAAAAAAUUUUACGAGAUAUUUAAAUACCUAAUUGUUAUUAUAUUUCAUUAUUGAUAUAUUUAUAAUAAUUAAUCUUGCAAAAAAUUAAUUCUCAAAAAGUUAAACCUGUAAGCGCUAUUAAUUUAAUUGUCCAAACACAUAAAAAACACGAUCAAAUGAUAAAUUGGAUUAUUUGAGAGUAAAUUUUUGGCAAUUUUAUUUAUUUUUUUUAAAGUAAACCCCAAUCUUUCCAAAAAGUUACAUCUUUGAACUCGGAAACGGUUUCGUAUAUAGAUUUCAUAAGAGUUACGUAAAAUGUUCUUAUAAUUUUAAAGAAAUAUUGAUAUUUUACAAAUUCAUGUGGCCUUAAAUGUAUAUUUAAAGUGCAUAUUUUCUAUUUUUAAGAGCAUAUUUUCAACGCAUAAUUUUCGUUUUUAAGUGCAUGAAAAUCCUAUCCCUAUACAUUACACUGUAAUUUAAGAACAGGAUGGUCUUAAUUCGUCAGACUUAAGGCUAAAACCUAAACAAAAGCAAACGAAUCACAUUACGUUUUUAUUUGGUCGUUCGAAAUGCAAAACGAAGAAACUUUAAUAUUUUUAAUUCAAAUAGCACAUUUUCAAGUUCAUGCCUACUAUAAAAACUUUUGUAAAAACAAAUUUUGCAUGACAAUUUUUUAAUAGUUUUUCAAUAAAAAAGUGGAUAAAUAUGUAUUUAAGAAAUAAAAGUGAACAAAAAAUAUUUUUUGAGAAAUUUGAUGUGGUUGUUAACUACAAAUAUACCAAAUAACAUCAAAAAGCCGUACGACACAUUGUGUGCGUACUUUUUGUGAGACGUACGACAACUUUUGACAGCUUUUCCGAUUCCAGUUACUGCUCCGGCUCCGAUUUUGCAUUGUGUUCCAGCAGUAAGUUGAAAUAUUUGAUUCACUAGUUCAAUUCUGAUAUUUUGUUUAAAAAGUAUCAGUUCAAGAAUAUUUGUAUAGUAGGGUCUAGGGUGGUCCAAAAAACAUUUUUUUCGAUAUUCAGUUGGGCCACCUCCGGUCUUUUGGAGGUUAAUAGUCUUUAGAAAAUAUCUUAAAUAUGAGGCUACGAGAACAAUAGUGGCGUAAGCCACAAAAUUAAGUUUUGAGCUACGAGAGAUUUAAGAUUCAGGGUUUUAUAAAACAACACUUUUUUUUAGUGCCAUCUAGUUCUGAGUGUAUCUAGCUGCAUAAAUCUAAUUUUGUAUCAAAAUAGAUAUAUUAAGAGACCAAGUGUUUAUGAAAAACUCAUUUUUUAAAAAAAGUGGGUACACCACUAUUAGGCUAUUGAUUAUGUAGUUUAGAAGAAACUAAGACGUUCACGGGUUUUUAUUGCAGGAAUCGUUCAAUGGGUUAUAAAAGAAGAUAAAACCGCGGAGUGCUAUUAAAUGAGAGGGUGGAAACUGAAGAUAGGGGUGCAAAAGCCCCCUUUUUGGUUUUUUCAAUAUACCUCGUAAACCAAGCAAAAUUUUGAUAUAUUGCACAUACAACUUUUUGUAGAGAAUUAAAUUUCCAAUUGGAAUAAUGUUUUUUUUUAAAUUGAAAAAAAAAAUUUCCAUACCAAAAUAGGGUGAUUUCAUAAUUGCAUGGUUUCUUUGUUUACAUGCGGUCAUUUGUGAUCAGACUAAUGUCAGAAAAACUAUUUGCGCAUGUAUUUUACUUUGAAUUUAAGAACACUUUCUCCGAUUUGGGUCUUUUGUCAAAAGUUUGAAGUUUCAAUUCAGCCUCUUCAUUAAAAUAAACCAAUUCCAUCCUUUAAGAAAAAAAAUCUUUUUUUUUUAACAUUUCUCCAAUUGUUUACAAAUUUAUUAUAUGCAAGAAAUUCGCGGCUAUUUUUGUUAUUUUGACUUGAAUUUUAAUAUCCAUUAAAAAUUUUGAUUGAAUUGAGAAAUAAAGCAAAGCUGUAUCAUUUUUUACGUCAUGUUCCUUCUUUCUUCAAGUUUAAAUUCAUUGCGCAUGGGAAUUUUUUCAUUUGCACAUUUGCGCUGCAAAUAUUUGCGUUUUACAUUUAUGAACACCUGACAUUUGUCAUUUGCAUUAAUGAAAUAUUUGCAUUCGUCAGACUUGCGCAACCAUGCAUUUAUGAAAGCACCCAUAGUCGAAACAAUCAUAAAAAAAAUAUCAAAAAAAUCUAUUUUUUGAGUUUUUUUGCUUUUUUAGUUGUACAUUUUAUUUGGGUUGAGAUAGACAUAAACAUUGCUUAAAAGAAAAAAAGAAGAUUAAAUUGCUGAAAUUAAAUGCUGUCCUCACUAAGAUUAAGAGAUUAAGAUUAGGGUGAGAGGUGGGAAUAAUUCGCCUUAUCACUGCGGCCUCUGAUGGGCCUAUUGUGAUGUCCUCUUUUUAGAGUUCACGUAGAAAUCCUGAGUUUAGAAAACUUAGUAUGUUUUUGGGUGAACUAGCGGCAAUGUUUUCCGCUUCGAGAUAAUACCCUCCGAGGUGACGUCGACGUGUAUUGAUUAAGCAAUUACAGUGACACAAUAUGUGUUCUGCUGUUUCUUCGUCUUCGUUACACAUUCUGCAGGUAUCGUCUUGUGUAAUGCCCAUGGUCUUGAGAUGUUUUUUUACUGAGCAGUGUCCAGUAAGGAAGCCUGUGGUUAUGCGAAUCUGACUCCUGGUGAGUGUGAGGAGUUGUUUCGUUCUGGCGUGGGAGAUGUUUGGUAUAAAUUUUUUGGCUUGUCUGUUACCUUCCGUAUGUGUCCAUUAAUGAUUAGCCAUAUCUCUUAGCCAUUUAUUAAUGUAAUGUUUUGCAGUGCUUGUUGGUAUGCCACAGAAUGGUCUUGGCAUCAUGAAUGUAGAUGCGGAACCUUUUCUGGCUAGUGUGUCUGCUAUUUCAUUCCCAACGUGACCGCUGUGACCAGGUAUCCAAAUGAGUUGAACUCUGUUUGUACUGGCGAGCUGGUGUAGAAGUUGUAUACAGUCCCAUACCAGCUUUGAGGUGACUUCACUGCUCCUAAGAGCUUGGAGUGCGGCCUUGCUGUCAGAGAGAAUAUAAAUUUUUUUGUUUAUUACAGCUCUGUUUAAGUUUUCUCUGAGGCAGAGUUCAAUUGCGAAUAUCUCUGCUUGGAAUACGGAAUUGAAGCUGUCCAUGCUCUGGUGCAGAUAAGUUUUGGUGUUCAUUCCGAAUACUCCGGCCCCAACACCUUCAUUUGUUUUGGAGCCAUCUGUGUACCAUACAUGAGACUCGCUAUUGAAGAUGGGUCUGUUCUGUUCCCAUUCAUGUCGUGAGGGGAAUGUGACCUUAUAGUUUUGGGUGAAGUUAUAUCUUGGGAGACAGUUGUCUACUAGAGAUAUUUUAAGUAAUUCUUCCCUAUUUAAUUCAGUGAGAAUAUCAGAGUGGAUUAUCUUGGAAUUAGAGUUAUCUUCUGCGAUGAGCCUGUAGCCGUUGACCAUGGCUUCUUUCUUUAGUAGGAGAUGGAGUGGUGGUAGAUCUGUGAUAACUUCUAACGCUGCUGUGGGGGCUGUUCUCAUUGCUCCUGUGUGUCCUCACUAAAUUUUUUCAUUGAAAAUUGACCGAAGUAUGGCCAUUUUAAUCCAUCUUUUUUUAUCUAUUCGCAUUUUUAGUUUUACUUAAGUAAAACAGAAACAUUUGAGGGGAAAGUACGAUUACUUAAGCACCAAGAACUGAUAAUGAGAUUUUGUAGAGGGGUUAAAUACAAUCAUUGUUUACUAUGGGAGGGAGGGUCAAUGUCCCCCCUGUUUUGGAGAGAGGGGCAAUUUUCUAAAAAAAAUACUUAAAAUUAAAAAAAAAUAUUAAAAAACAACGGCAACACUUACAUUUUUGAUUGAUACUUUUUUAAAAAGCUACAAUUAUAAACUUAAUAUUAAUUUUAAAAUGAAGUUAUUUUAAUCAAUUCUUUUUGAAAUACCCGAUUUCAAAGUCAAAACUUAUAAAAAAAAUGUUUAAAAAGCACAUUGAGUACAAUUUUCACAAAAACUGUGGACUUCAAUACGACAAAGUAAACUGCUUUAAUUGAUUUCUUAUAAAAUCAUGAAAAUCAUAAUGUUUCUAUGCCUUCUACUUAUUUCAAAAAGAAUUGAUUAAAAUAACUUCAUUUUAAAAUUAAUAGUAUGUUUAUAAUUGUAGCUUUUGAAAAAAGUAUCAAUCAAAAAUGUAAGUGUUGCCGUUGUUCUUUAAUAUUUUUUUUUAAUUUUAAGUAUUUUUUUAGAAAAUUGCCCCUUCCUCCAAAACGGGGGGACAUUGACCCUCCCUCCCAUAGUAAACAAUAAUUGUAUUUAACCCCUCUACAAAAUCUCAUUAUCAGUUCUUGGUGCUUAAGUAAUCGUACUUUAAUCGUACUUUAAAUUUAAUCUUCUUUUUUUCUUUGAAGCAAUGUUUAGUUUAUGUCUAUCUCAACCCAAAUAAAAUGUACAACUAAAAAAGCAAAAAAACUCAAAAAAUCGAUUUUUUUUUGAUAUUUUUUUUAUGAUUGUUUCGACUAUUUUGGUAUGGAAAUUUUUUUUGUUUUUUUCAAUUUGUAAAAAUAGGGACCAUGCAUAGGGACUAUUGAAAUCAGUUGGCAUUGGUUGGGAUGCGAAUAUCUUCUAAACGGUUAAAGCAACCAAUUUGAGGGCAGGGACUUUUUUGUAGAACAUUUAAGCCCCUACAAUAAUCCAUCUUACUAAUUUAAUAAUAAUGACUUUUCAGUGAAGUAGAAAAUUUUGAAAAGAAAAACAAGUUUUUAUAUUUUUGUUUAACUAAUAUCUUUCAAAUGGUUAGAUUAAAAAAAAAGUUAAUAAGACCUUUUUUGUGGAGCAAUCUGUUUCCUACAAGAAUAUGUUAUGCGCGUUUAAUUAUUAUAAUUUUUAAAGAUUUUCUCGAUUUUUAGACCUCAAAUAUCUACUAAACGGUUAGAUAAUUCAAAAAAGUGUAUUUAACCUUUUUUGUAGAGCGUUCAAUUUUCUACAAGAAUAUGUAAACAAAUUGGCUAAAAAAUCAAUUAAUAAAAAAAUUAUUUUUUUUGGUAGAAGCUUGAUGUAAAAAUGGAAAAUUGAAAAGCGGAGGACCUUCCCAUUAAGAUAAAGAGCUCAUAUUUGGUAAGUAUAUUCUAGAGGUGUCUAGCAAUCGAGUUUUCGAGGUACCAAAUCAAAAAAACGAAUUUCGAUUUUUUUGACCCACCCUAAUGUGCAAUAUAUCAAAAUUUUGCUUGGUUUACGAGGUAUAUUGAAAAAACCAAAAAAGGGGCUUUUGCAACCCUAUCUUCAGUUUCCACCCUCUCAUUUAAUAGCACUCAGUGAUUUUAUCUUCUUUUAUAACCCAUUCAACGAUUCCUGCAAUAAAAACCCGUGAACGUCUUAGUUCCUUAUUACCCUGUUUUUUUCGACAUAAUCAAUAGCCUAUAUUGCUCUCAUAGCCUCAUAUAUUCUUCGAUAAAUACGAGCAAUAACACUGUGCUCGAAAAGGGAACUUAUUUUCCGACAGAAGGCUCCCAUAUCUACUCAAGAUAAUUCGAUACGCUGAAUACGAUGGUGAAAAAGAAACUCGGCUCCAAUAAAAAAAAAAACAUGGCGUGAAAGUCGAAGUUGCAAGGGGUGUUUUUCAUAGGAAAAAAAAUGAAUAAGGUGGGCCCUGAGGGCUAAAUUCCUAUUUUUAUGAACUUCGUUAAGAGAAUCAUUAUUUGAAGGUGUCUAUAUAACUGUGAAAGCGGUGUCAUUAAGUGCAAAGCUAUUUCAUUCUACAAAACUUUCGAUCUGCAAUUUCUAACACAGUUUUUGUUUACUAUUGGAGGCGAGUUUCUUUUCGUAGUUUCUAAAGUUGUAAUUUUUGCGAAGUUUUGUUUUUCUCAAAUGUUUACCACUUCUGACAACCCGUUUUGCCGUGUCGUUAAACAUUUUCCCCAUUUUUUCCGCGCCUAAAGAUUUUUUUCGUUCUUACAGGGGCUCUAUUUUGUAAAACGAUUAUCGUUGAAACUACUUCGUUCUUGUUCAAAUGCGAUUAGGUACUACGAUAAUCGCUUGAUUUCAACGAUACUCGUAAAAGUAAAUGCUUACGACUGCUAUUUGCCUAUCGUUUGACUUUCGUUCUCGUUUGUCUUGCUUAGAAGAAAAAUUUGCCAAACUUCGAAGCCAAUUUUAUUUCCACUGAAAUAUUAAAACGAAGAAGCAAAAGUUAAGGAUUAUCCUUUAGGAUGUCCCAAAAAAAACGCGAACACCAACCCCCGAGGGGCUGAUCCAACAGUUCGACUUACAGAUGAGCAAAUAAUACAAGAGACAGAUUAAUUGGAUUAAUUAUUAAGACCGCUUUAUUCGCCUGUUCCAAAUGAACUAACUUAAACUUAGAACUUAAAGUAAUGUCUCACUUAUGCUCGUGCAAGGGUAGAUUGCUGGCACAGCAUUUCCGGACUGUGGGAACAGCGGAUGCGGAUCGUAUUCGCCUGUGGCCUUCAAUAUUGCAAGUGCAUUUACCUUUACUGUAGGUAUAAAUGCACUGUCAGCAGUAUAACCUUCGCUCGUGGGAAAUGCGUCGUGUUAACUCAAAUUUCGCAGUAUUAUUAAAGCACCACAACACAACAAAACCAUAAAACAAACAAUUGAUCUCAAUCUUCAUGGCCAAUUAACAAUGGCAGAGAUAAAGUUUUCAGAAAGAUGAUUUCCUCUUUAAACUCAUAAAAUAAAAAGUCGAAAUCACAAAAUAUGUCCAUAACUUCAAUUUUAUUAUGUUUUUGAAUAGAAAACAUUAUUAAACAACAUAUUAUGUGAAGUAAAAAACAAAUAUUUUUCCACUUAAGAUUUUCUUUGUCUCCUUAUUUUUUUACUGCUUUUCAUAGGCGUGAAGUUGGUACGCUUGAAAAAAAGCAUGGAUUCGUUAUCGCUGUACUUAAUCGCUCUAUAUCGUGACUAUCGUUGUCCUCUGGGUACUUUUCGUUUCGUAAUAUGAUAUAGGGCCCUAGGUAAUACGAAAACAGGCUAAAAGUAAGAUGAACUAAAAUGUAGAACUAUUCAGAUGACCGGCAGUGUAUAUUUAUUUAAAUACCUUCUUUUACGAACAAUUUUUCCAAAAAAAUUGAUUUUUCAUCAUUUUACAUCGAUUGAAAUAAAAAAAACUGGAAAAUUAUGGCAGAUUCUAUCUUUAGAAGGUUUUUUGAACUAUCUCAGUGUAAUCAAUAGGUCACAAGAUUGUCGACCAGGAGUGCAAAUAAAAUAAAGUGCACGACUGGGGUCGCACGUACUUGCUCUUAUGGUAAAAGUAGCUCUAAUGUUAAAUGAAAAAAUUAGAGAAAGUUUAAAAUUUGAUAUUUUCAAGGAAUUUCAUUAGUAGUGUACAAAAAUAAAAUCUGUUUUUAUAAUUAACUAGCUGACUUCUGCUAUUAACUUCCAAUUUUGGAGUGUGUCAAUCUUUUCCAAAAAAAAAAAUCGGGUCACAACAUCAAAUACAGCAUACAGAGGUCGAGCUACGGCAUACGUUCGUUAACGUAUUGACACCUUAUGUCACUAUCAUUUUCUUCUGAUUAAAUAGAGAGGGCAAUAGUCAAAACGUUAACGAACGUAUGCCGUAGUUCGACCUCAGGUCUUUAUAAAUAAAAGAAUGUGUUUUUUGAGUUCCAUUGAUCGCAUUAUCAAGAUUGAUGUUUGUAGGCUUAAAGUUUCUGUAUUUAGAAUAUGAAAUACUACGAAUUUAGGUUAUUCAUAUGAUUUGGAAAACUAACUUUUUGAAUCCCUUGAAAACAACAUAAAGCCAGGGGUCGCAUUACGGCAUACGUUCGUUAACGAAUGGUUGCUAUGUGUCCCUAUCGUUUUCUAAUAAUUAAAUAAAGACAGAAAUAGUCAAACGUUAACGUACGAUCGUAACCGUGUGCCGUAUCUAAUUCGACCCCCAGGACUUGAAAAAUCGUUCAAAAGAAAUUGGAUUUGACCACGCUAACCAUUUAUGGUAUGAAAAUAGAAGUUGGCCGAUUCUUAGACUUACCCGAUGUAUCCACAAAAUUUCAUAAAAAUCGUUCCAAAAAUAUAUAAAAAAGAAUUUUUGGUUGGGCCACCCUAACUAUUUAGUGGUAUAAAAAUAGAUGUUGGCCGAUUUUAGACCUACCCGAUAUACCUACAAAAUUUCAUAAAAAUCAUUUCAAUAAAAUAUUGAAUUUUUUUUGGUUGGACCACCCUAACCAUUUUAUCAUAUGAAAAUUCAUGUUGCUCGAAUGGCCGAUUCUCAGACUUCCCGACGUACACAAAAAAUUUUGAAACGAUCGUACCAAGAAGAAAUUAAAAAAAUUUGGCUGGACCACACUGACAAUUUAGAGGUAUGAAAAAUAGAUGUUGGCCGAUUCUCAGACCUACCCGAUAUGUGUACAAAAUUUCAUCAAAAUCAGUCCAGCCGUUUCGGAGGAGUUUUAUGACAAACACUGCGACAUGAGAUUUUUAUAUAUAGAUUAAACACCACAUUAAAUGAUAUUUCACACAAAAUCAAGUAUUCCAUUUCAUUUCUUGCAUAGAAGAAAUUCUAUCGAAAAUCGUUAGAGCCGUUUUCUUAAAAAUAAAUUUCUAUAUAUACAAAUUUUCUAACAUUUUACAAAAAAAAAGUUCGUAAGGCAUUUUUAAGAAAAUAUUAUUCAACACAUAAAAACGAUAUUUUGAUAAAAUAAUGAAAACGUUUUCAAAAAAAUUGUUUAAAAGGAAAAAAAUUUGAAAAAUUUGAAAUCCAAAAAUGUAUUUUUUGAAAAUUUUUUAAAUUUUUUAUAUAAUGGUUAGGGGUAUUCACGUAAACGCGGAAAACCCGUAGAAACCGUAGAAUUCUCUUCUCUAUCGGUAGAAAUGAGCUGUCAAAAAAUCUAUGGGAAAAUAUUCUACAAAUCAUAGAAUUUUAUCUCACAAAUUUGAGCAUGAACCGUAGAAAAAAAAAUCUGAUAAACUUUGGGUGAGUUCAAUCACCUAUCGGAUAGGGGAUAAGCUGUCUGGGAUACCCGUAUCUGGAAUAUCGUUCUGAACGCAACAAAUCGUCACCCUAGUAUUGAAGUGCCGUAUACGCCAUUUUUACAUUUUUGGGAAAUCGCAUUUAAAUGUUCGGAAGAUAAUUGCGAAAGAACUAACCGCUGGUAUUUUUUGAUAUUUUAGUAUGAUAUAUAAUUAAAAUGUGUCUUUUAUAUACAUGUUAUUGGACAUCUGCAAUUCGUAUAGUUUUUCAAAUAUUUAAAUUUUUGUCCAAAAUGAGUUUGCCGUAUACGCCAUGAAAAUCAGAAGUUUCUUUUAUUCAUAUACACGUACGUCAAAAAAAAAACAUAACGUACGUCAAAACAAUUCUCAAAAUUAUAUUGCAUUGCAUGAAAAAUUUGACGUAAAUGCCAAAAUUUCUUGUUUUUGUCAAAACAAUAGUGAAUAUCUCGGCAACGAAAAAAGAUAGAAAAAAACGGAUAGCAGAUUUGAAAAGAGCAACUUCGAAAACAUACGACUGCAUACCUAGUUCAAAAAAUGCAAUUUGGCGUAUACGGCACUCCAAUACUAGGGCGACGAAAUGUCUUACUAUUCAGAUAACCACAAAUAAAAUAUGUUAACAUUGAAAAGAGAAUUUUAAUUUAUUUGAGCAAAUUACAUUUUUUUUAUUGUUGCAUAGUAUUUGCAAAAUAAGCUUGACUUUUUUUUUUUAUUUAAACAAAUUUUAUUUCACGUUUAAUAAACAACUGUUUGUUUUCCACGUUUACGCAAAUAUUUCUUGUGGGGUGUUCACGUAAACCAUUUGCGGAAAUUAAUAUUUUUCUACAAAGUGGACAAUUCUAUCGUUACAUGAAUACCCUUAUUGUUUUAACGUUUCUGUAUAAACAUUUUGGUCGAAAUCUGUUUUGUCAUUUACGAGAAAUUCAUAUGGUAGGUACCGUUAAUAACGGUACAUAAAAUAAUUUUUUUAUUUCCAAAAGAAGCUUUUAUGUAUUACACUACACACACAAAUUUUAAUCAAAAUCGUUAGUCGUUUUUGAAAAAAAUUUGUUUUGUAUUUCCGUUAUAUGACAGGUAGGGUAGGAUGGUAUAAGAGUGCGCGGUUGAUAAGAGUGCGCAAAGCGAUUUUCUACGGUUUGAAAGGGAAUAUAAGACUGAAUGCACAUAUCUAAGUGAGUUUGAUCUGCUGUCAAAAUUUCAUGCAAAUGUGUUUGUAAACAGAGGUGCUAGUUAAGUUUAAGUUUUUUAGCACUUUCUUUUUCAAUUUUUCUCGCCAAAAAAAUUAAAUUUUCCGCUUAACAACAAAAAAUAACAAUUAACAAAGUAUGGGACAUUGAAAAGUCGACAAAAAGAAACAUUUGAGGAACACGUAAGAUUGGUCAUAAAGUGCAUUGUGAAAUACAUAUAUAUUCUUCGAUUACAUGUCUGAACGUGUAAGAGUGCGCACCAUGAUGAUGUAUAAGAGUCCGCGGGUUAUAAGAGCAGUAAAUGCUAUCCAAGGCGUCAAAAUAACUGGCAUUUGUCCAUAUACCAGCAAACAGUAGCUAGAAAAAGCAAUUCCAACCAAAAAGAAACCAAAUACAAGUUUUACAAAAAAAAAAAAGCGAA